AUGUGUCACCGACUACGUGCUUUCAUCGAGCCUGUGGUUUUGUCCGCUCAAUUCGCCAGCACGAUCUAUGACACGGCGCUGCUGAUGACACUAAAGGAACGAUAUAAUGUCACCGCUAACUACUCUCUCUGCAACGCCUCGCACUCUGGAGACGAAGAGCAGCAGAAGGACAUCUCGGACUUCUACAUGAUUUACACUGUCUUACACAACUCUUUAUCCAUCUUGACGGGUUUUUACCUGGCCAUCCUUGGGGACAGAGGGUUCAGGAAACUGUCCGUUUGCUGCCCACUUCUUGGAUAUGUGAUAUCUAGAGCAAUGCUGCUCCUGGUGAUUCUGCUAGACUGGCCAGUCCAAGUCAUGUUCGGAGCUGCUGCCCUGCAAGGCUUGUCCGGAGGAUAUGCGUCCUACUGGGCUGGGGUCAUGACAAUAGCUUCAGAUCAAAGUACUGUGGAACAAAGAUCCCUUCAGCUGGUUAGUGUCGAGGUAGCUUAUGGUGUUUCAGGUUUUAUUGGCAGUACCACCUCUGGGUACAUUUAUAAUUUGGACAUCCAUACAGAACACCAGGGGGUCAUUCUUUCAGGGCUCAGUACGUUAUUCUUUUUGUUUAGCUUGACCUACACCCUUUUCAUUUUGAACAUCCAUAAUCCUGCUAUUCACUCACAAACAAGAGAUCCCCAAGAGGAACAUAAGUCAAUCAAUGACAGUAAAGAGGAAGAAAGCAAACAUGAAUGUGGGACUUUGGUUUAUGCCCCCUCCAACGAUUCUGAAUCUUCUCCGAAGCUCAUAGACACAGAUAUUGGAAUUUGUUCAACUUGUUACAAUAAAGUUAACAUCUUACUGCUCUUCAUUGCUGGCUUCAUGUACCGUGUAGCACAUGGACAAUUUGUGUAUAUUUUGCCUUCAUUUAUGGUUAAGAAGCCACUAAACUGGAAUGCAAAGCAAGUUGGGUAUGGAAAUGCAGCCGGCUUUGUGAUCUCCUUCACCAGUUUUGCGGGAACUUGGUUUUUCUCAAAAUGUUUGAGGGAUGUCAGCAUGAGCAUCAUUGGUCUUGUUUCGUUUGCAUCUGGUUUGCUGGUUAUGGCAUUUGUGCAGAAAACCUACAUGUUCUUCAUUGAAAGAAUUCAUAUUGUUAACUAUAUUCAUUUAUGA